AUGAAGAGCUCUUUUGCUCUCACCGGCCUCAUGGGCGCCACUGCGCUUGGCCAGGCAUUGACCGCUGAUAUGAUCGACUCCAUGGGCAACAACACUCUCUUCACCCGCUGGAGACCCCAGAACCACUUCAUUGCUCCCGCUGGCUGGAUGAACGAUCCUUGUGGUCUCAUGUAUGACCCUACCGAGGACAUUUACCACGCUUUUUACCAGUGGCACCCUGAGCAUAUUAACUGGGGAAAUAUCUCUUGGGGUCACGCAACAUCCAAGGACAUGAUCUCUUGGACCGACGUUGGUGGUUGGGAGGGCACUGAUGCCCUGGCAUUGGGUCCUGCCGGCAAUGGCAGCUACGACGGCCUUGGUAUCUUCUCCGGUACUGCCCAACCUGUCAACAUGACCGGUGGUAUCGAUGGUACCCUCCUCAUCUUUUACACCUCCGUUUCCAAGCUUCCCACGAGUUGGACUCUUCCCUACUUGAACGGCACUGAGAGCCAGAGCUUGGCCAUGUCCCACGAUGGCGGCAAGACCUGGGAGCAGUACGAGAACAACCCUGUGAUCGAGGGUCCUCCUGGUGACUGGAACAUUACUGGUUUCCGUGAUCCCUUCUUCGAGCCCAUGCCUGCCCUUGAUGCUAUCCUCGGCCAGCAAGAACCCCAUUACUACGCUGUAUUUGGUAGUGGUAUCAAGGGCGUUGGCCCUCGUAUGCCUCUCUGGAGUGCGCCUGCAUCCAACUUGGCCGACUGGACUUUCCUUGGCUCGCUUUUCGAGCCCGCUGAUAACACCUCGUUGGGCGCCGUGCUCCCUACUGGCUCUUACGGUUUUAACUUCGAGGUCUCUGGUUUCUUCACUCUUCCUGAUGAAGAUGGCCACCUCCACUACUUCGUCAACAUGGGUUCCGAAGGUGGCAAUGUCUCUUUCCACGAAUCUGCUCACUGGGCACUCUGGAACGAGGGUCACGUCACUCGCCGCGCCAACGGUUCUGCUCAGUUCACACCCAUCUCUGGCGGUGCCGGAGACUGGGGUAACCUUUACGCUCUCACCAGUUUCAACGACACCAAGAACGAUCGCCGUGUUCAGUACGGAUGGGCACCUGAAGACAUCACCGGAGGCGGUGGUCUGUUCUCUGCCAAGCAGCAAGGUUUCCAGGGUGCUCUUUCCCUUCCUCGCGAGCUAUUCGUCCACACCGUGAAGAACGUUGUGAACAUGGAUGGUGUUCUUGGUGAAAUGGGCAACUCCUACCUUUCUCAAAACCUUGAUGGUAGCUUCACCGCUCAGACUCUUGGUGUCAAGCCUCUCGAGGAUGUUGUCACUGGUCUCCGCAAUGGGUCGACCCAGCACAGCUGGCCCGGCCGCACCUACAACGGCAGUCAAACUCUCGUCGCAAACGGCAGUGCCCACAUGGAGCUCAGCGCCGUCGUUUCCAGCGCCACUGGCCCUUGCGGUGUCAGAAUCGGUGUCAGCCCCGACGGUCGCGAGUAUACCAACAUCUACUACGAGCCCGCCAACAACACUGUCGUCGUUGAUCGCACUCACUCCUCUUUGAUCGACGGCUUCGCCAACUCUUCUGUCAUUGGUUACUUCUACCCUUACACCAUCCAGGGCGAGUACGGCAACGCUACUCAGGAGCCUCUUGUUUGGGACAUCUUCGUCGAUGGAUCUUUGGUCGAGGUUUACAUCAACGACCGCUUUGCUCUUACAACCAGAAUCUACCCUAGCAUGCAGAGCAGCACUGGUGUCGGCAUUUACGUUGCUAGUGGCGCCUCUGCCACUUUCGAUAGCAUUGACUCGUGGUCCUCUCUCUACAAUGUCUUCCCUGAGAGACCUUUGAACUCCUCCAGCCAGCUUGUCUGGGACACUGUUGAGCAGACCAACAACCGCACCUGGUGGACUGGCAACUAA